AAGUAUCUUUAUUUUUUGUAUCCAACUCUUCAUCUCUCUUUGUCUUCUUUUUCCCCACUUCUCAUUCAGACCUCUUCAUUUACAUUCCACUGGACCCUUUCUUAAGAACCCCCUAAUAAAAAAAAAAGAAUCAUGGCCGUCCCAACUGGUCUCGAUAUGUUCGAAAUUAAACUUCUGGAGCAUGGGGUUGCUGUUAUUGCAUUCAACCGCCCCAAGAGAUAUAAUGCUCUUAACCCUGUUGUCUAUGACCAAUGGGGCAAAGCUUUAGAGUGGACUCGUAAAUCGGAGGAUGUCCGUGCUGUUGUCCUGACUGGCAACGGCAAAUAUUAUUCCUCGGGUCAAGAAUUGGGUGUGCCUGAUUCGGAUGAAAUGGAAGCUGCUGGAGACAUGGAAGGGCUCAUCAAAAAGAGAUCUGUCUUUACUGAAAAAGUUAUUACUGAACUAAUUCACUUCCCCAAGUUGAUUGUUGCUGCCAUCCAAGGUCCCGCCAUUGGAUUUGCUGUGACAUCCGCUGCCCUCUGCGAUGUUGUCUAUGCUGUACCGGAGGCUACUUUCAAUACGCCUUUUAUGCAAUUUGGCUUCUGUGCUGAGGCUUGCUCAUCUCUGAUUCUCCCUAGGGUUAUGGGAUAUUCUCGUGCCAAUGAGAUGCUUCUCAUGGGUCGCAAAUUUACUGCAGAAGAGAUGAAGGAAGCCGGCGUAGUCUCCAGGAUCUUUCCUAAGGAGACUUUUAUGGAGGAAGUACUCAAGCUUACUACCGCUGCUGCUAAGUUCCCACCACAGGCAAUGAAGGAUACUAAGGCUUUGAUCCGCGACUGCGAUUAUAAGAGAUUGGACGAACUUAGUGCCCGUGAGAUGACUCUUCUUGGGGUCAGGAUGUCAUCUGAAGAAUCUGCUCAGGCUAUCAUGGAGUUUAUGAUGGCCAAGCACCAACGCAAGCAGAGCAAGUUGUAGAUGUCAUCAAUAAAGUGUAUUGACU